AUGAAACGAUUAAUUAUUGGUCUGCAAGAUUUAAAGAUCUUUAAUUCUAAUCUCUCUAAUUUGACUGAUCUUGACCUGUACGAAACAAAUUUAGAUAUGGAAGGCAUAGAUAAAUUGAUUCAAUUGAAACAUUUGACUAGAUUGAACAUUCAAUAUAGUUCUGCCGAUAGUUGUGAACCAAUACUUGCAAUGUUUGCAAAUACUAAUUGGAAAAAAUUGAAAUCACUAAACUUGCUUGCAUUAAUAGUGAAAGAGAAAAAAGUGCCAUUAAUCAAAGACGUUGAAAUUGUUCCCUGUGGAUUCAAACCAGAGCUAGAAAAGCUGGUCCUUGCAGAAAGUCAAAUCUCUGGAAAUUUGCUUAAACAUCUUCUUAAUUGUGAGAUUCUAUCAAAUUUACAAAUCUUGGACUUGAGCUACUUGUGCUUUGUAUACAGCAAUUCAUCUAUUCAUAAUUUAGAUGGAGUACUUGCAAUUGCCAACUCUAAAUGCUUGAAAAAUUUGAGGAUUUUAAAAUUGUAUCAAUCUUAUAUGGACAGUGAUUGUAUUAAACUAAUUGCUGAGAGAGGAUGUCAGACACUUCCUAAUCUUCAAUCAUUGGAUUUGCGAAUGGGCCAACUUGGAGAUGAAUCAUUUGAGAAAAUUAUGGAAUAUGAAUUUAUGCAAAAUUUGGAAUUAUUAUUUGUCAUGUUGAGUGCAGAAAAUAACAAUUCUUACUUUUUGACCACUGUUUCUGCAAAGGCAAUACUAAAGAAUUCAAAGAAAAUGAAGAAAUCUCUAUAUGAAGCAUAUGAAUAUUAUGUUCAUGUAGGUGGCAUUAUUGAUAUUGAGAGAGAUUAUCAAAAUUAUCAAGUGGAAGAAGGUCCAAAAUUGUUAGGAGCCAUCGUUAAUCAUGGAAGUGAUUGGGACUAUGGUGUUGAUGAACUAGAAUUGUUAUCCGAAUCAUAG